UUCAUCUAAGCAGCAGUGGCAGCAGUUCGCGCGUGUGGUCUGUGUUUCACGAAGCGGUUCGCGGGACCAUCAAAACCGCUUGUCGUGAUUCAUGCAAAUUCUGUAGGGUGACAGUUCGUGUAAAUUCGCCUCUCCGCACUAGGAGGGCUCCUUGCCAUGGCGGGAAGACCCACCCGGCCUACGGAUGACAAGACACAACAGGUGAAACCUUACGAAAGACGCAGGUCAGUGCUGCAAACUGUGACUUCAGUAAUGCGGCAGCUGCUGACACCAUCCUGGCUGAGUGAGCACCCGCCCGAGCCUGUCAGUGAAGAAAAGCCAGAUCUAAUAAAUGGCGAAAGGGAUCCUUCUGUCUAUCCGUCCCUGGCCUCACCACGGUCGACACGGGACUGUGCUGUGGGACCGGACGAUGUCUUUAAUGAGACAUCCAGCUUCUCGGAGCCUGUGACAUCAAGGCCGGAGACACCAUUACAGCGACCUUUGGAACGGCCACAAGAACAGCUGUUGGAGAGGUCGUUAGAAAGGACAUUUGAGCGGCCAUUGGAAAGGUUGUAUGCACGACCAUCAGAGCGAUUGUCGGAGCGGUUAUCGGAGAGGCUAUCGGAAAGGCCACUGGGACACACAUUCAAGAGGACGUUGGAGCGGUCGCCAGAGCAGACAUCAGAGUGGCCAUUGCAACAGUCGCAGCAGUGGUCAGCAGCAACACCCAGUCCCAGCAGUCGAACAAGUCUCAUUGGAACAGCUAGCUCCAACAAGAGACAAAAACUUUGGCAGGAAGAGAGCCCUUUGAAGUCUCCUUUCUACUCUGGUCAGACGACAUAUGGUGGAGCUGCUGCCCAGAACAGGCUACGAAUGCUGGCCACGUCUCAGACUCCCAUGGUCCCUGUCAUGGCUCGAGGUGUAAAGCCGGGUGGAGCAACAGCCGGGCUAAGUAACACCACCCGUCAAAUCCUGGCCACCCUUGAAAAGAUGGCAACUCCUGUGACGGAGGCGAAGCGGGUACCACUGAGGAGCAGGAUAGCAGGUGGCCGGCCGUGGACUCUCCCACAUCACAGAGAUCCCCCUGCACCAACACAGGGAGGGCCUCCGAUCAGAAGUGCUGCGAGGCCAGCAGUACGAACCGUAGUGCCGCUGCGAGCAGAGAUGUCUCGAUUAGAGGUCUCUAGAAAGGAAAGCAUCGCAGCCGAAUCCUCAUGGGCCGACGCUGUUAGGACAAAGGUGCCUCGGAUGGAAACUGGCAGGCCCGAAGUGCCUCGGGUUGACGCUUCCAAGCAGGACCCACCAAGAACAGAGGCCCCCAAUGUUGAAGCGAGCAUUGUGACGCUGGCAUCUGUAGCCAAACAGAAGCCGGUGGCUUCUGCUUGGGAACCUCCGUCUAGUAGGUCAGCUCCUGAUCGUGCACCAGGAGGAGGCAAGAUGGUUCGUGUUAUCCACACAGCCCAUCCGGCACCACUGAAGAUGAGUGGCCCACCACUUCAGUCAGAGGAAGAGCUUCCACCUGCAGUGCCUCUUCCACCCAUCCCGAGCCUUCCUACCUUCUCUUUCAAACUCGCACCACCACCACCACCACCACCACCAAAAGCGCCACUAGCUUCCCCUCAAGCUGCUCCUGCCAGCAACAGCAGCAGCAAGGCAAGCAAUGGUAACACUGGCAGUACCAGCUCUGGCCCUGUCAGCACUGGCCCUGUUGGCACAGUCACUGAAUUCACCUUCAGCAAGCCAGAGGCAUUGGCCAGCUCCAGUGCUGGAUUGCUGGAACGACCUCAAAGAGACCAGGUGUAUCAGUUCUCUGAGCCUUGGGGACCAAGUGGCGAUGAGAAACAGCAGGAAGAUAAACUGUCUAAUGACACAGGUCAUCGACUGAAGAAGCCCAGAGAGGCCAUCAAGGCAGAUCCUCAAGCAAAGUCUGUACUGGAUGUCGUCAGACCAGAGAGCGAGAGGUCUGAGGGCAAUAAAGAGCCAGAGAAAUCCAAGGCGAAAGUCGACAAGGACAGCAGCAGUUCCACAAAAGAUGUUGGGGACCUCUGGGAGCGCUUCAAGCCCGCUGAAGGAAACUGGUCAUGCUCGACGUGCAUGAUCAGCAACCCAGCCUCGGCAAGUUGCUGCCAAGCUUGUGAAACGCCAUCUCCUAAUGUUGCUCCCAAAGCAGCAGUAGUGGCUCCCACGAGCCUUCCUUCCUCAACGCCACCUCCUCCUCAGCCACUGUCUGCCAGUGGUGCUCCCACAGCUUCUCGCUGGGAGUGCACCACAUGCCUGGUGAGGAACGAGACCAGCGCCACUCGCUGCUGUGCCUGCGAGAGUCCUCGGCCAUCCUCGACCAGCAGUGCUACACCUGGUGCUACGCCUUCUGCGGUAGCCAGUGGUUCCCUUUGGGAGUGUGACACAUGCCUCGUCAGGAACCAGCCCAUGGCCAUGCGCUGUUGUGCCUGUGAGAAUCCCCGGCCGUCGGCCAGCAGUGUCACUCCUUCUUCGGCAGAGGCAGCUGCAGCAGCAUUCAACUUCAAAUUGCCCUCCUCUGGGCCUAGUGGCUUUGGCGGGGCACCCUUUGCUGCGGCAGCCACGCAAUUCAAGUUCGGCAUACCUGCUUCAACCUCGGUGAAGCUAUCUGAAGCUGCUUCCUCAGAGAGUGCAGUAAAACCCUUCAAAUUUGGCAUUACUAGCACUGCCACACUUACAACCACCACUACCGAAAUAACUUCUACUACUGCGGCACCCUUGAAGAAUUUCAAGUUUGGUUCUUCCUCAGAGGAACCAUCAAAGGCCAUCAACUUUGGUUCACCAGCUAGCGAAGCGUCUAAGACAUUCAAGUUUGGCACCAGCACCGAGGAGCCAGCAACGACGUCAUUCAAGUUUCCUACCACUACUGAGGAGCCAGCAAAGAAGUCAUUCAACUUUGGCAUAACAACACCUGGGCCUAUGAAGGCAUUUACACUUGGUACUAGUUCAGAGGAACCAGCUAAGGGACUCAAGCCAAGCACAACUACAGAGGAGGCAGCAAAGCUGUUCAAUUUCGGUUCGUCUUCAGAGCAGUCCACGAAACCUCUGAAGUUUGGGUGCACAACAGACGAGCCAGCCAAGUUGCCUCAGGCUGGACCUGGUGCAGAAGUUUCUACAAAGGCCUUUAAGUUUGGUUCCACCACAGAUGAACCUGCAAAGCCAUCCCAGCUUAGCAGCUCCACAGAAGCUGCACCGAGCAGCUUCAAGCUUGGUCAGCUUGGUCACAUGGCAGAGCCAAGCAAAGGAUUUACUUUUGGGUCUACUGUCAAGGAACCGGCAAAGCCAUUCACGUUCGGCUCCACUUCUUCAUCGGAGACACCCACUGGAAGCUUCAAGUUCGGCUCUACUACGGAGGAGCCUGCAAACACUGUCAAGCUUGGUUCCUCUGAGGAACAGCAGCCAGCUACAAAGGCCUUCAAAUUCAUUGCACCGGCAGCUCCUGCAGAACCAUCUAAGCUGUUUCAAUUUGGUGCGACUGCGGAGCAACCACCAAAAUUGGGCACUCCUGUCAACAAUCCUACUAAGCCUUUCAGUUUUGGAGCACCUGCAACUACAGCAGGAGCAACAGAGGCAGUGCCAAAGCCAUUUUCAUUUGGCUUGACAGGAAAGCCUAAUGAUAUGUCAGCCCCCACGGUGACGGCGCAGCAACCAUCUAUUCUGCCUCAGGCAGGCAGCCAGACCACCACUGCUGGACAGCUGCCUGGCUUUCUAGCCACAGCCACUACAGCAUCUGCUGCACCAGCAAUAGUCACACCUUCCCUGCCAGCAGCAGCAACUGCUGUCGAGCCUGCCAAACCAGCCUUCCCGACUUCGCAGUUCGUUUUUGGCCAGAAAACUGAUGGCAGUAGUGCUGCGUUUUCAUUUGGCUCCCAGCCUGCGCCGGCUUUUCCCCAACCUCCUAGUGGUGCAUCUGCUCCCUUGCCAUCUUUUGGCAACCUGACAAGCAAGCCCCCAGAGCCUCAGGCAGCAGCACAGCAGCCAACAUUUGGCAUUGGGGCAACAUCCACUCCUGCGUUUGGUGCCCUCAACCCUCUCAAGCCUGCUGCUACCUCUGCCGUAGUGCCUGCUGCCACCAGCAUGCCAGUUGGCUUUGGCUGCCAACAGCCGACACCCAAUUCUGGAUUUGGGCUGCCUGCAGCAAAUGUCCCUACCCAGUCAUCAUUCGUCUUUCGGCCCCCAACAACCGCACCGCCGGUGACUUUCCAGUUUGGCAGCACUGGCCCCACCUCGGGUGGAGUCUUCCGUUUUGGAGCUCAGCCAAACCAACCGGCCACGCCUCUGCAGCAACAGCCGCAGCAGCAGCAGCCAGCCCACGAACCUUUUGGGACCCCAUUUGGCCAAACAGCCCCCAUGCAGUUUGGCAUGUCACCCUCGCCACUUUUUCCUGCGCCGGAUUCCGAGAACCCGUUCAAUGCCACCAGCGGCAGUGGAGGGCCUGCGCAGCAGCGUCGCAUCCGCAAGGCCAUUCGACGAAAGCCCACACCGCGGUAGCUCUGGACUGUCUGGCUGCUGCCAACACAUGCACUGUAUGUGCCGCCCUCAGGUCCUGCUGAAUCGCUGCGCCAGGGCCCGCACAAUGCUGCCCGGAAUCUCCUGGUGCUGCUGAAUGAGGGCCUCCACUGCACUGGCCGCCUGCGAGACAUUUGGGGGAUGACAGUGUUUCUGCUGUACGCUGUUCAGAAAGGGGUACUCGUGUGAAAAAGCCUUGCACUGUGCUGGUAUGACGCCUUGUGGCUGAAGACUCGGAAAAUACUGGCAGUGUGCUGAGCACUUUUUGUCGAUGAGCUAAGCCAGGGUAUUCCACUUAUCCCUGUUUAAGCUUUGCACAGUGUGAUGCUCCUGUGCCCCACCCCCUUCCAUUUUUUUUUUUUUUUGCGCAGCGGUCAGAUUUGAUGCGUUUUAUGUUGCUUUGACAACUUCCAACGUGAUGGGAAAUUCUAGUGCAGUUGUUAAUUUAAUGAGUUGUAAAAAUUUGGGGCGAAAGGAUGCGAGAGCAGAGCUCGGAAAAGAAUGAAUACUCUUGCUAUCUCUGUACAGUCUUGUGUAGAUAUUUUUUAUUUGAAAUUUACACUAGAAUUUCCCGAAGUUGUUGGAGUAGCUGAAGUUUUAUUUUAAUCUUAGGAGGUAUGUGCACGCAAUUGCAGCAUACUGUAGUCCCAGUUUGCACCUUUAGCAAGGGAGUUGACAAUAAUUUUUGGCUGCUCACCUUGUGGGCAAGCUCCUGAGGUGACAUGUUUGGGUCAAACGGAAUGGGCGGCCCAACGAUGGUCCUGCAGUGCGGGUGAAACAGUUAGAAGGGUUCAAUUAAAGUAUUCUGCUAGGCAUUUACCUCAAUUUUACGGGGAACCCUCCGUAUAUUGGUACAAUGGGAAGCCUCGUCCUGUCGUAUAGCCUCUUGAACAGACCUGUGCCAGCGGGAGAACACGAGGGCCCCCUUAUUUGGAGGCCGUUCCGCAGCAGAAUAUUGAUGCCCUUGCAAUUCAAGAUGCGCAAAUAAACUUGUUCAACAUGCAGA